ACAGCCGCUUCACCGCGGAAUGACACUUGUCAUGUGACCCAGCGAGUUAGUAAGAGCUUCAGUGACGCAUUAAACGAGUGCCUCUAGUGAAAGACGCAGCGUCGUUUCUCAGGGGAUAAGAACAACAACAACAGCAAACGUCAGAAGUUUAAAAAAAAGAAAACCAGCCGAGCCCCGCAGAGUUUUUUUUUGUUAUUAUUAUUUAUUUAAAUGUUGACAAGGCGUGCUCGUAAAGUCCCGUUUUUGUGUAAUUUGUGUGGGUGUUUAUAUCACGCACGGCUGUAGCAGAGUCCUGAGCGAUUCAAUGGCGCUCCCGAUACAGACUGGAGAAGACGAACGGGGCCGAGCCCGUUGCCAUGGCAGCGCCAGCCACGGCGUUUCCAGAAGGCAGCUACUAAACAGAAUUCCGUGUGCUGCCAUGGACAGUGUGGAGAUGGAAUCUGUCCUGAUUAAAGAGGAGUUCCCUGAACUUGUCCCCUUUACAGUGGAGUUCUCUGGGCUGACUUCCCUCCCCAUUAAACAGGAGCUCUGUGAGAUGCAAUGUGACAGCAGCCAGCCAGAGGUCUCUGAGAUUAAAGCUGAGCACAGUGAAUUGGAGAUCCCCCAGACAGAAGAACCCCUUCCUGUGAAACAAGAGGUGCUGGAAACUGACCGUAUUAAACAGGAGCCCCCUGAAGUAGAGUUUGAGCACAUGGGACCAGGGAAGGAAGAGUCUGAGGACUUGAAACCAAACAUCCCUGAGCUGGAGCCUGUACGCCUGCGGGAGUGUAGCGUGGUGCUGGAGAGGAUCUGCGGGAGAGAGCGAGGCGCUGGAGAGGAAGGCUCUCCCAACAGCACUCCAGGAGGUGGAAAGGAAGACGGGCGCUCACAUUCAGAAUGCAGGCUAGCAGGUUCCAGUCCAGCAGCGAAAGAGAGGGCGGGCGCUGGAGAAUAUCCUGACUGUAGGAAAGAUUUCACCCAGUUAAGAAACCUUGAAAUACACCAGCGAGUUCACACUGGAGAGAAACCAUAUCGCUGCUCUGGUUGUGGGAAGAGUUUCAGUGAUUCAGGAACCCUGAGAAGACACCAGAGAAUUCACACUGGAGAGAAACCGUAUGGCUGCUCUGACUGUGGGAAGCAUUUCAGUGAUUCAGGAAGCCUGAAAAUACACCAGCGAGUUCACACUGGAGAGAAACCAUAUCGCUGCUUUGGUUGUGAGAAGAGUUUUAGUGAUUCAGGAACCCUGAGAAGACACCGGAGAAUUCACACAGGAGAGAAACCGUAUCGCUGCUCUGACUGUGGGAAAAGUUUCAGUGAUUCAGCAACCCUGAGAAGACACCAGAGAAUUCACACAGGAGAGAAACCGUAUCGCUGCUCUGACUGUGGGAUGAGUUUUAGUCAUUCAGGAAACCUAACAAGUCACCAGCGAAUUCACACAGGAGAGAAACCGUAUCGCUGCUUUGACUGUGGAAAGAGUUUCAGUGAUUCAGCAACCCUGAGAAGACACCAGCGAAUUCACACAGGAGAGAAACCGUAUCGCUGCUCUGACUGUGGGAUGAGUUUUAGUAUUUCAGGAGUCCUGACAAGACACCAACGAAUUCACACAGGAGAGAAACCAUACCGCUGCUCUGACUGUGGGAAGAGUUUCAGGCAGUCAAGCAACCUUGUUUCACACCUGCGAAUUCAUACAGGAGAGAAACCGUAUUGCUGCUCUGACUGUGGGAAGAGUUUCAGUCAGUCAGCACACCUUGAAAGACACCAGCGAAUUCACACCGGAGAGAAACCUUAUCGCUGCUCUGACUGUGGGAAGAGUUUCAAUCAGUCAGCACACCUUGAAAGACACCAGCGACGAACUCACACUGGAGAGAAACCGUAUCGCUGCUCUGACUGUGGGAAGAGUUUCAGUGUCUCAGGACACUUGAAAGCACACCAGCGAAUUCACACAGGAGAGAAACCAUAUUUCUGCUCAGACUGUGGGAAGAGUUUCAGUGACUCGGGUCAUCUGAAAGCACACCAGCGAAUUCACACAGGAGAGAAACCGUAUUUCUGCUCUGACUGUGGGAAGCGUUUCAGGCAGUCAAGCAACCUUGUUUCACACCUGCGAAUUCACACAGGAGAGAAACCGUAUCGCUGCUCUGAGUGUGGGAAGAGUUUCAGUCUCUCAGGAAACCUGAGAAAUCACCAGCGAAUUCACACAGGAGAGAAACCGCAUCGCUGCUCUGACUGUGGGAAGCAUUUCAGGCAGUCAAGCAACCUUGUUUCACACCAGCGAACUCACACAGGCGAGAAACCGUAUUGCUGCUCAGACUGUGGGAAGAGUUUCAGUCACUCAAGCGGCCUUGUUUUACACCAGCGAACUCACACAGGCGAGAAACCGUAUUGCUGCUCAGACUGUGGGAAGAGUUUCAGUCAGUCAAGCCGCCUUGUUUCACACCAGCGGAGUCACACAGGCGAGGAACCGUAUCGCUGCUCUGACUGUGGGAAGAAUUUCAGAGGUUCAGGAGACCUAAAAAAACACCAGCGAAUUCACACAGGAGAGAAACCCCAUCUCUGCACUGACUGUGGGAAGAGUUUCAAUCAGUUAGGCAACCUUGUUUCACACCAGCGAAUUCACACCGGAGAGAAACCGUAUCGCUGCGCUGACUGUGGGAAGAGUUUCCGUCAUUCAAGCAACCUGAAAAAACACCAGCAAAUUCACACAGGAGAGAGACCGUAUCGCUGCUCCGACUGUGGGAAGAGUUUCAGUCACGCGGCAUACCUGAAAAAACACCAGAAAAUUCACACAGGAGAGAAAAUGUUUGACUGCUCUUACUGUGGGAAAAGAUUCAGUGUUAAACGAGGCCUUAAAAUACACCAGCUAAUUCACACAGGAGAGAAACCGUAUCACUGCUCUGACUGUGGGAAGAGUUUCAGUCAGGCUGGAAACCUGAAGAGACACCAGCAAAUUCACACAGGAGAGAAACCAUAUCUCUGCUCUUACUGUGGGAAGAGUUUCAGUCAGUCAGGAAACAUGAAAGCACACCAGCGAACUCACACAGGAGAGAAACCGUAUCGCUGCUCUGACUGUGGGAAGAGUUUCAGUGAGUCAUGCAACCUUGUUUCUCACCAGCGAAUUCACAGAGGAGAGAAGCCGUAUCGCUGCUCUUACUGUGGGAAAAGUUUCAGUUACUCAAAUAAUCUGAAAAAACACCAGCGGAUUCACACAGGAGAGAAACCAUUUCGCUGCUCUCUCUGUGAGAAGAGAUUCUGUCUUAAACAAGGCCUUCAAAUACACCAGCUGAUUCACACCGGAGAGAAACCGUAUCGCUGCUCUGACUGUGGGAAGAGGUUCAAUCAGUCUGGGAACCUGAAAAGACACCAGCAAAUUCACAGAGGAGAGAAACCUUAGAGAGAGACUGUGGUCAAUGGGACGGGGGAAAAAAAGCUGUCGCAUUAAGAAUCCCAGUGUAAUACAUUUCAAAUGGUAAAAGUGCUCUUCAACUCUCCAGAAAGUGGGCGGUGAAGCGUCACAAGAGCUUAUGACAUGAGUGACAGAGCAUCGCGCGAUGUGUAUCUUUUCAAUGUGCAUUGUGCUUGUAUUUGUGUCUGCUUCUGUAAACUGCCCCGAGUAAUAGCAGUGUAGCAGGCGUGCAGAUCUUAGAUACAGGAAUUGUGCAAGUUCUAGUGAGACUUGACUGUAUCAUUAAACCUGGAGUGUGCUGAUUUAGCAGUUGAAGCAUUAUAUAACAAAAUACCAAGCAAUGUAGAAAACACAUGUUUCAAUUGUAUUCCAAUGAGCAAAAUGUUUUGUUUUAAAGCCAAUUGUAUCAAAUUGAAUGCUAGCGCUGUGCCUCUUUGAGCUGCCUUCGUGUUGUGAUGUAGCACCCAGGAAGACUCUGCAGCCUGAGAGGAGGGGUGAGGUGGGGCGGGGGAACUGCCUUUUGAGUUGUAAAAAAAAAUAAAAACAUGAAAAUAAGUCAAGUGGUAUACAUUUUUUUUUUUUUUUGGUCAUGAUUUGUGUGACGCUGUACAGAAUUCGUGUUGUGUUCCAAGAUCGUGGUUCAUCUCCCCCUCUAGCACCAGCUAGCACACAGCUCCUGGGUCCUAACACUGCAGAAAGUUUAGAGCCAGGAUCCAGUGCUUUUAACCCUGCAGUUACCUCUAGGGGAAGAAGAUGGAAACCACUUUUUCUCCCUCUACAUAGAACGAGUGAAAUGAAACUACAGAAAUAUUUAUUAACAUUACCCACUUGCUGAGCUGCUAGGUAAGUACAUGGUUAUAGAGA